CCUCUGUUCCCUGAGGUCCGGAAGCCUGAGUGGCCAUCUGAAGUCUGGUCUUGUGAAACUCCACCCUCCUCGGGUUGCCUGAUUGAAUGGACCCAUCUUAAGUUUCACCUCACCUAAGAGUUUUGGGGGAAAGUACAGGGUUAAAUUUCAGGAGACUUCAAGCCACAGAAGAGAAAGUUCCCUUAAAUUCAGUGGAAGUAGUAACAAAUACAUCAAGUGAUGGCUGAUUUUAUCUACUCUGCUGGAGAUGGUGUUCAACCUUUGACUGGUUGAGAAAGGUCUAAGAGCUGGUGGAGUGGCUCAAAUGGCAAAACAAUUCAAACCCGAUGAAAUGAAAUCCCCAAGGAGAACCACUUUGUGCUUCAUGCUUAUUGUGAUUUGUUCUUCCAAAGCUUCACUGCAUUUGAAUUCAGAGCCUAUUGUUCAUCCUUUGAUUCUUCAUGAACAUGAACUAGCUGGUGAAGAGCCACUGAGGCAGAAGAGAGCAGUUGCCACGAGUAGUCCCACAGUGGAGGAGUAUACUGUAGAUAUUGAGAUCAGUUUUGGAAAUGUCUCCUUCCUGGAGUCCAUCAAAGCUCACCUGAACAGUCUCAGUUUUCCCAUUCAAGGAAACAACACUGACCCAGCCACUGACAUUGUCAACAUAGCAGUGACAACAGUCUGCAAACCUACUGGAAACGAAAUCUGGUGCUCCUGUGAGCAAGGCUAUGAGUGGCCUGAGGAAAGGUGCCUCCACAAUCUCACCUGUCAAGAUUAUGGCAGCUCUCUCUCAGGGCAAUAUUGCAGUUGCCUUAAAGGACUUCCUUCCGAGGGACCUUUCUGUCAGCUCUCAGAAGGAUAUGUGACCCUGAAAAUAAGAGUCAGACUGAAUGUGGGAUUUCAAGAAGACCUUAAGAACACGUCCUCUGCCCUCUACAGAUCCUAUAAGACUGACUUGGAAAGAGCAUUCUGGGAAGGCUACAGAAUUUUACCAGGCUUCAGAUCAGUGACGGUGACAGAGUUCACCAAAGGCAGUGUGAUCGUGAAUUAUGAAAUCAGAACUACAACACCAGCACCUGGGUUAAUUCAGAAAGCCAACAAGCAAGUCAUGCAGAGCCUCAAUCAGACCUACAAAAUGGACUACAACUCCUUUCAAGGAGUGCCUAGCAAUGAAACUAAAUUCACUAUCAUACCAGAAAUCAUCUUUGAAGGAGACACAGUAACUCUGGAGUGUGAGAAUGAAAUUUUGUCCCCCAACGUGACUUGGUACUAUGGAGAAAAUCGCUCUGAUAUCCAGAACAUGAGUAGAUUCUCAAUUUACACCUCAAUGCUUAACAACAUAACCUCACUCUCACGUCUGACCAUUUACAACUUCACCCAGGAUGAUGCAGGUGAAUAUGCUUGCAAACUGUUAUUGGAUAUUUUUGAAUAUGGAACCACAAAAAGAGUAGAUGUCAUACCCGUUCGAAUUUUGGCAAAGGAAGAAAUGAAGGUGGUGUGUGACAACAAUCCCGUAACGCUGACCUGCUGCAGUGAGACUAGUGCAAACUGGAGUAGAGUUGAAUGGAAGCAGGAAGGGAAAAUAAGCAUUGUAGGAAUUCCAGAAACAGAUCCGAAUUCUACUUGCAGCACUUACACCCUCAAGGCAGAUGGAGCCCAAUGCCCCAGUGGAUCAUCAGGAACAACAGUCAUCUAUACUUGUGAGUUCAUCCGCACCUAUGGAGCCAGAGGCAGUAAGAGCAUAGAAGUGACAUUCAUCUCUGUGGCCAACCUAACAAUAACCUCGGACCCAAUUUCUGUUUCUGAGGGACAAAGCUUUUCUAUAAAAUGCAGCAGUGAUGUGAGUAACUAUGAUGAGGUAUAUUGGAACACUUCUGCUGGAAUUAAAAUACAUCAAAGAUUUUAUACCAUGAGGACAUAUCCUGGUGGGGCAGAGUCAGUACUAAUGGUGAACACCGCAACCCGGGAAUGGAAUGGAACCUAUCACUGUGUAUUUAGAUACAAGAAUUCGUACAGUGUCGCCACCAAAGACGUCACCAUUCACCCGCUGCCUCUAGAGUCAAACAUCAUGAUUGAUCCUCUGGAAGCUAGUGGUUUAUGUACAGAUUCCCAUAGCUUCAAGUGCUGCAUAGAAGACGGUGGAGACUACACAGUAACUUUCCAAGUGGAUUCCUCAUCCUUUUCUGCUGAAAAAGAAAUUACUGGAAAGCAAGUGUGCUACAAAUACAAUUUCCCAGCAAACUCAGUUCCCUGGUGUCCAAAAAAUGUUGAUGUGUUUUGUCAUUUUACUAAUGCGGCUAAAAACUCAGUCCGGAGCCCACUGAUGAAGCUUACUCUGGUUCCUGGAGAGAACAUCACAUGCCGAGAUCCUGUAAUAGGUGUUGGGGAGCCUGGGAAAAUCAUCCAGAAGCUAUGCCAGUUCUCAAAUCUUUCCAGAACUCGGAAUACCAUUGGUGGGAUUGCCACCUACAAAUGUGUAGGCUCCCAGUGGAAGGAGGAGAGAAAAGGAUGCAUCUCUGCUCCAAUAAAUGGUCUGCUUCAGCUGGCCAGGGCUUUGGUCAGGAGCCCCUCUCAGGACCAGAAGCUCCCUACAUACUUGAAGGAUCUUUCUAUUCGCACAGGCAAGGAAGAACAGGACAUUCGCUCAUCUCCUGGGAGCCUGGGAGCAAUCAUUAACAUCCUUGACUUGGUCUCAACCGUUCCAACUCAAGUGAAUUCAGAAAUGAUGACAGAUGUGCUUUCCACUGUCAAUGUCAUCCUGGACAAGUCCAUCUUAAACUCCUGGGAAAAGUUACAACAGCAACAGACUCAACAGAGCUCACAGCUACUGCGUUCAGUGGAAAGAUUUUCCCAAGCACUAUGGUUGGGAGAUAGCACCCCUGUGUUCCUCUCCCACCCUAAUGUGCAAAUGAAGAGCAUGGUAAUAAAAUCCAGCCACCCUAAAACCUACCAACAAAAGUUUGUUUUCACACACUCUGACCUCUGGGGCCAUGUGACCAUUGAUGAGUGCCAGCUGGGAAACUUGCAGCCAGAUUCGUCUGUAGUCACUGUGGCAUUCCCAACUCUCAAAGCCAUCCUUGCCCAGGACAGUCAGAAAAAGACUUUCGCAAACAGCUUGGUGAUGACAACCACUGUCAGUCACAAUAUAAGCAAGCCAUUCAGGAUUUCCAUGACUUUUAAGAACAACCACCAUUCAGGCGGGAAACCACAGUGUGUCUUCUGGAAUUUCAGCCUUGGCAACUCUACAGGGGGGUGGGACACCAAUGGGUGCUAUGUGAAAGAAGUCAAUGGGGACAGUGUAUCCUGCUACUGUGACCACCUCACAUCAUUCUCCAUCCUUAUGUCCCCUGACUCCCCAGAUCCCGAUUCUAUCAUGAAAAUACUACUGGAUAUCAUUUCUUACAUUGGGUUGGGCUUUUCCAUCUUGAGCUUAGCAGCCUGUCUGGUGGUAGAAGCUGUGGUAUGGAAAUCAGUCACCAAGAACCGGACUUCCUACAUGCGCCAUAUUUGCAUAGUAAACAUUGCAGCUUCCCUUCUGGUUGCUGAUAUCUGGUUCAUUGUGGCCGCUGCUGUCCAUGACUAUUACUAUCCUCUCAAUGAAACAGCCUGUGUGGCUGCCACCUUCUUCAUCCACUUCUUCUACCUUAGCGUCUUCUUCUGGAUGCUGACACUGGGCCUCAUGCUCUUCUACCGCCUAAUUUUCAUUCUGCAUGAUGCAAGCAAGUCCAUUCAGAAGGCCAUUGCCUUUUCUCUAGGCUAUGGCUGCCCCCUGGUCAUCUCGGUCAUCACAGUGGGGGCUACCCAGCCAAAGGAAGUCUAUAUGAGGAAGAAUGCCUGCUGGCUCAACUGGGAGGACACCAAGGCUCUGCUGGCCUUUGUUAUCCCAGCACUGAUCAUUGUGGUUGUGAAUGUUACCAUCACGGUUGUCGUCAUCACCAAGAUCCUGAGGCCUUCCAUUGGAGACAAGCCAAGCAAGCAGGAGAAGAGUAGCCUGUUUCAGAUCAGCAAGAGCAUCGGGGUCCUCACGCCACUCUUAGGUCUCACUUGGGGUUUUGGUCUUGCCACCGUGUUCCAGGGGAGCAAUGCUGUGUUCCAUAUAAUAUUUACCCUCCUCAAUGCCUUCCAGGGAUUAUUCAUUUUGCUUUUUGGAUGCCUCUGGGAUCAGAAGGUACAGGAGGCUUUGUUGAAUAAGUUUUCAUUGUCAAGAUGGUCUUCUCAGCAUUCAAAGUCAACAUCCCUAGGUUCAUCUACACCUGUGUUUUCUAUGAGUUCUCCAAUAUCAAGAAGAUUUAACAAUCUCUUUGGUAAAACAGGAACAUACAAUGUUUCCACACCAGAAACAACAAGCUCAUCCCUGGAAAAUUCAUCCAGUGCAUACUCAUUGCUCAACUAAGACCAGAAAAAUCCAAUCUACAUGACCUCUGGGGAAAAUGGAUGUGCUCUGACAAAGUAAAGCCUCUCUGCAAGCUUCUGGAAACACAUGCUGAAGAGACUGUUCCAUUAGAGAAGAGGCUUUCUUUUGUAAAGACAGACUAAAAGUAAUUGUUUAUUUUUGGCUCCCCAUGUCUAGCCCUCAUGUAAUGACAAAUGUGUAUAGUAUUUAAGUGAAACUCAGAUCCCUUUAGGCCCAACUUCUUUGUCUAUAUUGUAAAAUAGAAUUUUUAAGAGACAUUUUUCACUUUUUUCCAUUGGUUACAAAGAUAAGCUUUGACUAAAAUAAUAUGCAAAAAAGCUAGUACCUAGGAAAUACUUGAGUGAAUUCUAGGAAGAAAGGAAGGAAGGAAGGAACGAACGAACGAACAAAGGAGAGAGGGAAGGAGGGAGGGAAGAAAGGAGGAAGAGAGGAUAAAGCAUUAAGGACCACAUUUGAAGAUGGCGGGUGGUAAAAGUCUAAUACUGCAACAGUGAGAAUCAAAAUCUAUGGCUCAAAAUGGAAACUGAAAGAGUUUGGGAAAUGAGUUUGGUACCUUCCUGAUAUUUUCCUAGCUAAGAAGGAAAAGAGAAGACAGUGGGGAAAUGGUGAGGAAAUGACAUUAUCAAAGGAUAAUAAGAUUUACAAGCAAUGCAUCCAAGGUAAAGUGAUUCCCCUGAGCCUAAGCACAGACACCUUUGUUGUCAACGUCUGAGCAAAAUGGAAUGAACUUGUGGAGGAAGUGUGGCAGUCACUCUUUAUUAGAUCCAACUGCUCCUUAAUCCUUUUGUAGUUUAUCAGAAAAGCCUUAUGUUUUUGUUUGUUCCAUGCUUUGAAAGCAAAAAAAUAUAUUUUUAUAUCCAAUUAUUGACAAAUUUGAUAUAUUGCACUGAAAAUAGACCCCCAACUGUCAUAUAUGUAACAGCUGUAACCAGGUACUUCUCUGUGCAUUAUAUAAUAGGUUUUAAUAAUCUUAUAGUGUUGUACAUAAUUAUUGUUGUUGUUCCUAUCAUUGUCACUGUUGAUACAAUGGCCCUUGGUGUGUUGUAUAGCUCACUAUGUGGUAUUUCUUCCAGUCUCUAAGUUCCCAGACCAAUAUACAUUAAGAGUUUUGUAUGGUUUAAUUUGUUUUCCUUACAACCACUUGGAAAUCUUCCAGAGAGAAAUUUUGCAGUGGGCUAUUGUGUGCUCCUAAUACACUUAACCUUGAAGAGUGAAUGCCAGAACUUUCCUCAAGGAUUAAACUGUUUGUGAAUUGUGGUGUGUGUGUGUGUGUGUGUGUGCAUUUCAUUAAAAAAUACAAAUAUUUAUUAGAACUGCAUUCAUGUUAGAGUUAACCAUGUGCUGUAAGUAGAGGAAUCACACAUUGCAAACCCAAGUCUGACCUCAGAGAGAUGAGAAUUAAACCAUGGGGCCCCUCGAAGUUGAUAGGCUGAAUGUGCUGGAAGAUGGGACAAAAUAGGCUGAGAUUCAGCAACAUCUUAUU